AUGGCGUCACUGGAGAGUGAAGUUUGCAUGUCAAAUGUUGGAAAGAAAAAUGUUAAACUUGUAGAAAAAGAAACAAUCAACCAAUUUUUCAACAAAAAAACAACUAAGGAAGAUUUGAAGAAAAGUAACAAUAGAAAUGAAAUUAUAAACGACGCAAAUAACAAGAAACCUAGCAGCAUUUGCACCAACGACAACAAUUUAGACGAAAUCUCAACUUUGUUAGUCGGCAGCAGUGUAGCGACAAGUUUCAGGAUAGCUGGCGGCGAUUCACGUCAGCAUAGUGAUGCAUUUCUCGUCAACAACAGUCUUUACAAUGCAUACAACGAAAAAAGCAGCAAAACUCCAACAAGCAACUCACUAACUUAUUCAAGAGGGGAUUUCUCGCAAGAAAUGUGGACUUUUAAGGAAGAAUAUGAUGAAAAAAAUAAACUGCAAUCAUUUCAUAAGAAUACAAAUGCUAAGAAGUGGUACAAACAAUUUUCCCGAAAUGAUCCAUUGAGAGUUGCCACUAAACUUCGGAAGAAUUAUUACACAGGUAACGUUGGCAGUUACCACAAAAAUUACAUAAACAACAAAGACCAAAAGACCAACAUGUUGGAAGCUCAGUACAGAAAUAUGCACGUUACGUUGGUAGAUAUGGAAGGUGUUGACUUGUCACACAACGACGUCGUCAUCAUGAAAACUCACGAUUGUACUGCAAAUAUUAACAACAAUAACAACACCAUCAACAAUAACAACAACGACAGCAACAACUGCCACAACGAUGCAGACAUUAAUAUUAAUGAUCACAGCAUGAUGAACAUUCUCCUUCACAGCACUUUCAACUAUCCACUUCAUAGCACGAUCGCUCGCGACGGUUCUGCAGAGAAUGUUGCAAUUACGCAAAAUGGUGAGAAAAAUGUUCUAGAGGUCGACCGAGGUCACCCAGACAAUGAUGAAGGGCUUCGAUACAACAUUCCUCACAGUAAGGGUGACAAUCAUCUUGACGGCGAUGAACAAACAUUUGCAAUUAAGAACUCCAGCAUUGUCGUUGAGGGGUCAGUUCGUUUUUGUAAGAAAAACAAGCAGACAAACAUUAACAACCUCUCCAUCGUCAGCAACGUUGCACCAGCUUGCUGCGUGCCAGCAUACCUUUGUUUUCCGGUAAUAUUUAAAAAACGCGAGAAACGUGGAACAAACAAUAAAAAUGUUAGUGUGGAAAACAACUUUCAAACCAAUUUCUCCACCAAAAAUCCAACAACGGUAUCGAACAAUGGGGAACACUUGCAACAACAUGAACUUUUCCGGCAAUUACAUAGAUCAGAGCUGAAGUUGACACAACAUCAACAGCAGCAGCAGCAACCACAUCAUCAGCAGCAGCAACAACCACAUCAGCAACAGCAACAACAGUAUCCACAACUAGAAAAUGAACAACACGAACACAGAAAAAGAGACCUGGUGAAGAAAAUGAAAAUUUUCAAGCACACCAUUAGACAUAAUUCUAGAACGUUGGUGCAACUUGCCGUUUUGUGA